AUGGCGGCGUCUAUAGCAGCACGCGUCUCCAUAAAGGCGGCGGCCUCUGCCUUCUCUGCUCACCGCCAAUGUAUCGGCUCCCGUAGUUUCGUGAGGGAGGCGGCUAAAACGAUCUCGCCGUCGUCGGAUCUUGGGGUCCGGAAGGUAGCUGUCGACACUUACGUGGCGCCUAACGUUGUCUUGGCCAGUCAAGUAACCGUCAACGAUGGAGCCUCGGUGUGGAACGGCUGCGUCCUGCGUGGCGAUCUCAACAAGAUCACGGUUGGAUUCUGCUCUAAUGUACAGAACGGUGUGUCAUUCACGCUGCUUGGUCCUCACCUACCGGGCUGCCAGCAGAGACAUCAAUUGAGAUUUGAGAAGUUUGUGACAAUUGGUACAUACAGUCUCUUGAAAUCAUGCACAAUUGAACCAGAGUGCUUUAUCGGACAGCAUUCUAUUCUUAUUGAAGGUUCCCUGGUGGAGGAGACUCACUCUAUCCUCGAAGCUGGUUCCGUAGUUCCUCCAGGUAGGAGAAUCCCACCAUCUGGUGAGCUUUGGGCGGGAAAUCCAGCUAGGUUUGUCCGGGCUUUGACCCAUGAAGAAGCCUUAGAAAUCCCUAAACUUGCGGUAGCAAUCUAUGAUCUAAGCAAAGAACAUUUCUCAGAGUUCCUUACUCAACAGCAUAUUUGGAAGUUGAGAAGUUCAAGAAGUCCCUGGGAAUUUCUAUUUGAUUGCUUUUUGCUGUCAUUUUUCCCUAUAUCGGUUUACUAUAGUUUCCCUUGCAAGGAAAUAAACAGCCGAAGAGCACAUAGAAGAAGCUUUUCCAUUGUUCAUCCAUGUAUUUGAUCAUGUUGGCUGUUGACAAACCAAAACAAAAACUGUAGUUGUGAAUUCCAAUGAAAUGGUAUAUAGUUAGCAACAGAAGGAUCUUGUGGACUAAUUUCUUUUGUAUGCUG